UACGUCGCUACGCACGAACGAAAACAGGAGGAUUUUUCCAGUUUGCUUGUAAGCGUUAAUGAGGCGUGUGUCUGUGUCGUUUUGAAGGUUUCAAUGCAUCAUUACUGAUUGUGGUUUGCUGUUUACCCUAAAGGCAAUAUAUUUAUUCAACGUGCACUCGUCACUCAGAGCAAACCCGUGUUGUCAGAGCAUCUAGUCUCGGCCAGCCAGCCUGCCAUCUCUGCGCAUGUUUAUCCAGGAGUAGCGGUAGGUCCUUGACUGGGCUAACUUACUGGAGUCUGAAAUGGCUGUUACUGAGUGGCGUUUGUCGCUGAAGCUGAUAGACCAGCCUUCUCUUCCAAAAUCAGUGCUCCAAUUUCCGGAGACAGAGCCUGGAGACGUCCCACCUGGCGAGUAUCGGGUAGCCACUCUCAAGCAGCUUGUUUCAGCGCAGUUACCAGACGCUAUUCCGGACCCGGAGCUUAUAGAUUUGGUGUAUUGUGGCAGAAAGCUGAGGGAUGAACUCACUUUAGACUCUUACGGGAUCCAGUCAGGAUCUACUGUACACAUCCUGAGGAAGUCAUGGCCAGAACCUGAGAUCCAGCCUGAGCCGGUUGACAGGGUAACAGCUGCGAGGGAAUUCCGUGUCCUGCAGGCAGCUCUUCAUACUAGCACAGCAUACAGAGACUCGGUUUUCAAGAUGCUGAAUAAUAAAGAGUCUUUGGAUCAAAUCAUUGUGGCGACGCCUGGUCUAAGUGGUGAUGCAAUGGCCCUAGGUGUCCUUCAAGACAAAGAACUCUUUGUGCAAUUUACAGAUCCUAACAUGUUAGACACGCUUAUUAACUCUCACCCAGCACUAGUUAAUGCCAUUAUUCUGGUGCUGCAUUCUGUAGCUGGCAGUGUGCCCACACAGCAGAGUGCCAGCUCUUCCAGAAAUGUGUCCUCUAGCUCCUACAGUGACAUGCCAGGAGGUUUUCUCUUUGAAGGCAUGUCUGACGACGAGGAAGAAUUCCAGUCGGGGAAUCGUGGUGGGCCAUCAUCCAGUUCUACAGGCUCUUCAGGCUUGAGACCGGCUACAUUAGGCUACAGUGGGGCAGUAGGACCCAGACCAAUCACUCAGAGUGAACUGGCCACAGCACUGGCUCUAGCCAGCACUCCCGAAAGUAGUGCUGUUACACCUACCAUAGGAAACCAGGGUGCUUCUUCAGGGGUUUCCCCUGUCCCAGCAGGAACACCUAUAACAAAUGAUCUCUUUAACCAGGCCUUGCAGCAAGCCUUACAGGUGUCUAGCAUAUCCUCCCUUCAAAGUCAGUGGCAAUCCCAGCUUCAGCAGCUUCGUGAUAUGGGGAUCCAGAAUGAGGAGCUAAUCUUGAGAGCCCUGCAGGCCACUGGGGGAGACAUCCAAGCUGCCCUGGAGCUCAUUUUUGCCGGGGGAGCCCCAUAAGUCUCUCUAGGCCACAAGUGUCAUCGCUGAUUUUUUUUUUUUUAUUGAAAUGACUUAUGCUGAGUAUUUGAAGCAAUUACUGGAAAUUUGGACAGUUAUUCCAUGUUGACUUUUUCUGUCUUCAAAAUACAACUUACUUGCACUUUUCCCUGAAAUGCUAACAUAGAUGUUUUAUUUAUUUUAAUAUCACAGAUGAUGUGAACAUAUUAUGUCUUCUUAAUUAUGGCAAAUGAUCCUCUGAUGUUGGCGUUUGUGAUUCUUCCCUUCUGUGUAUUCUACCUGCAGUACCAUCUUAGAGUACAUUGAUUCUGUUUGAAGUUGUGAGCCUCAAGCGCUCAAGAUUGUGUUUUAAUGCAGCAGAAUCAAUUAUAGAUAAGGAGUGUAGAAUUUUGGUGUCUGUGCACUACACACUUGUCACUGGGCUUAAAACUCAAUACAAUAGAUUAAUUAACAAACAU